AUGGCAGGGGAUGGGGAGCUCAACCGCAUCAUCAAGGACCUGCAGACCGGGAGCUGCACAGCCUCUGUGCCCAGCUGGAGUUCCUCCUCCAGUUCGACCUCAAGGAGAAGAGGAGCUUCUUUGGGCAGCGCAAGGACUAUUGGGACUUCUUGUGCCAGGGCCUGGCACGGCGCCGGCAGGAGCACGAGGGUGUUCGCUUUGUCACCUCUCUGGACAAGGGGCCGAGCCUUCCUGCGGUACUGCCUGGUGCACCGGCAGCUGGCAGAGUCCCUGCAGCUCUGCCUCCUCGACCCAGAGAGCCUCCGUGAGUGGUACUACGCCCGUAGCCCCUUCCUGAGCCCCCAGCGCCGGGCAGAGAUCCUGGGCAGCCUCUAUGAGCUCAAUGGCAUCACCUUCCACCUGGCCCUGUGCAGGGCUGACCUGGACACCGCCUGGCCUAUGUUCUCCGAGACACUGGUACGGUCCAGCCCGGUGGCCAGGAGCAGCCCAUCAAAGGUGGCCCUGCAGACAGACGAUAUCAGCACCACGGCUCAUGGAUGGCCUGAUGGCAUCGCCCAUCCCACUGCGGCACCCUACGGGGCGCCAGGCCACCCGUGCCCAUCUGUUGACGCGGAGAAGGAUAUGGAGGUGGACAUGGAAGAGGAGGAUGAAGAGGAGUUGGAGGAGGAUGAGAAGGACAUGGAGGACGUGGAUGUAGAGGAGCUGGAGGAUGCACAUGGCGCUGGCAAAGCGCCCCAGCCCGAUG